GUUUUCCUGUUCACCUCCUUUAUCCUGAAAACCUGCACGACAAUUGUGUCUGGCCGACUUCGCUCAUUGCCGCCUCUUCCAUCUUCUCAACCGGAAACAACUUUCUAUCGCCUUAACUGUGCGUUCUGUAAUUUUCGGAGACAUUUGUCAGUAAAACGUUUAGAACGGGAUUCUUGCUGGUCAGUAUAAAGGGAUCGUAGAUAUUGAGUUUUCUUGUUUUCGUCGCGUGUUCUUUCGUCGGAAAAAAACGCUCCGAAAUAACUUAGUCACGUAUUUUCUGGAUUGGAAUUAAAGGUCGCGUCGAAACUUGGACGCUCCAGUCUACUCAAGCUACCAGAAACGGAAUUUCUGGCAUCAGCACGAACUCGUCGUGAAUUUGUGUGUCUAGACUGAAUAUCCUGUGUGUAUUUUUUUUUUCUAAAUCACAGGGUUUAUCACGUUUAGACCUGUGAACUGUGUGUGUUUCUACUCAAACAGAAACAUUCUAUUUAAACAAGGACGUGAACGUAGCAAACGUGAACGUCAACAUCGUUUGUAAGCAGCAUCACAUUGUGUGAGGCUUGUUAACAACGAAUUGUACAACGUCUAUACGUUUAGUCGUAACGGGCUUGGUUUCGUCUGUCUCGACACAUUAUUAAAAGCGGUAUUGGUUGUGGAAAUACCCGCUCUUCAGGCUUAUUUCGUUCAUUUUUAAACCUUGAACCCUUUGAGCAGCUCUUCUUAAUUCCACUAGGACACUUGUGCGUUUAUCAAACCGAAUUUUGAUUUUAGCACUGUUUAUUUUUUUUUCUGCUCAAUCGCUCUCACUCCUUGAUUUCAACCCUUUCGCCCUCUUUUUUACAACUUUUAAACUUCAUCUUCCACAUGCCUUCCGUUGUUCACGACGAAAAUUUUAAUGAGAUGAGCGCUGAGUCGGGCUUGCGGAAGCGAAAGUCGGCGGUCGAACGGUCGGAAAAGCCAUCUUUCAGAAAAAGUUCGAAGAAUGAUAAUUGUGCGCCAUCCCUUUCUGACCCGUCGUGGUAUCUGACUCCAGAUGGUAAGAAAAAGGUUGCUGCUCCUUUAUUUUUCGUGAUAUGGCAAAAGGAAAUUUCCUUAGCAGCCAUUUUGUCUUUCAUCAUUGCAAUGUUCAUUCCAGGGCUCCGCGACUUUGCUCGUCCGUUUUUGUUCCUCUCGUACGAGCGGCCCGACGGCUUAUAUGGUAAGGGAAUCAAAGACGUGGCUUUUACGACCUACUGGAUUAUCCUUUUCACCUAUGCGCGCGCGGCCUUUAUGGACUAUAUAUGUCGGCCAUUUAUCGUAUGGUACGGUGUGCGCCGACGCAAGACGGUUGUUCGUUUUUGUGAACAGGCUUGGUGUUUUGUGUACUACUUUACGUCCUGGCUCUUAAGUCUUUACCUGUACAGAACUGGCGGCUACUGGGCGGAUGAGAGACUACUUUUUGUUGAUUAUCCUCAACGGUUCAACACUGCUCUGUUCAAGUGGUACUAUCUGACACAGCUUAGUUUCUGGUUACAGCAAUUUGUUGUUCUGCAUAUUGAAGAGCGUCGUGCUGAUCAUUGGCAAAUGUUCGGCCACCAUGUAAUUACGAGUUCGCUUGUUGGACUUAGUUACCUCUUCAACAUCACCCAUGUCGGAAAUGCUAUCCUUUAUCUCUUCGAUUUUUCGGAUUUCAUUCUCAGUGGUUCAAAAAUGAUGAAGUAUAUGAAUUUUGGUCGGAUUUGCGACUAUGCUUUUGUUUCUUUCAUGCUUAGCUGGGUCUAUACACGGCACUACUUAUACUCUCGCAUCGUUAGUGUCGUUAUCCAUCACCUUCCUACGAUUAUCGGUGGUUUGCGUCUUGAUCUCGCGUCGGGCUUUCUGUUCAACCGUCCCAUUUACUAUAACUUCAUCUUUCUUUUGGUAUUCUUGCAGGUUCUUGUCUACUUGUGGUUUGCUAUGAUCGUCAAAGUCGCUUUCAGAGUCGUGACGGGUGCUGGCGCCGUGGACAGUCGCUCUGAUGAUGAAGGGGGGGAUCAAAAGACUGCUCAAAGUCCGUAGAAGGAGUGUAUGUUGAGCACAGCUUCUCUCGUUGAUUGAUUAAAGGUACCGUCAUCCCCCACCCGUGUCCUGCAUUACUUUGUUCUUUUGUCAUUCAUUAUCCCCGGACGGUCCGAGUUUCUUCGUCAGCCGGACUGUUGCUCACACAUUACAUACUACAGAUUAGAUUUCAUUAUUUUUUACCUAAACACUCGAUGUUAGGUGUGAUGUUACGUGUUGUGUGUAUGUAUGUAUAUUGUAUAGAGUGUGGGCAUUAUAAAGUCGUUAAUGUUUGAAGUAAUUGCUUAUUGAAUAGAGUUUAAACAGAUAUAUGUCUAAAGGUACAGAUGGUAAGCGU